GAAUAUUCUCCCGUGAAAUAUUCUCAUUUUCUACUAUCUGGGUCAAAUAAUUGAAUGGACCCGAUUGAUAUCAUCAUGACACGUGUACGGUGCUAGAUGGCUCUACUAGAUUCCGGUUGCUGGACUCUUUCUCUUCUCAAGUACUCAAAAGUAAAAAGACAGCCGCUGAAAGAAGAAAAUAGAGAAAUGAAGUUCGUGGUGAAGGCUUGUAAUAGCAGCAAUGGAAGAGCACGGGCAGGCGUUCUCCACCUGGGCAGCUGCCCGAACCCGAUCGAGACACCAUCCCUCCUUCUAUCAACCCGAAAGGGGCUGCCCGUUUUCAUUACCCUGGAUCUCCUCCCUUCUCUCCCUUCCCCCAAUUCCCUUCUCCUUCAAACCAGCCCUCUCCACUUCUUAGAGUGCCCUUCGCCCAAAACUAUUUCAAAUAUUGGAGGUUUGCACAAGAUGAUGGGUUUGCACGAGUAUGGGUUCAUAGCAGCAGCAAGAGAUUCUAUCGUUUGCCUUCCCAAUUAUGAAAACACCAAUAAACUUGGAGCUUCUUUUGAGACAACUUGUGGUCGCCGACUGGUGAAGCCUGCACAGUACAUGGAAUUGAUAUCUUCUUUAAAGCCAGACCUGUGGGCCAGUUUGGCUGAUGAAGUGCCUGCUUGGGUUUCUGAGAAAAGGAACAUGACCUCUGUUGAUCGAACCGUGCUUUGGCUUGAUGAGUGCAUUUCUUUGGACCCAGCAGGCGGAGGAACUAUUUUGGGAGCCAUUGUUGGAGGAUCCAGUUUAGAAGAGCGCAAGCGUUGUGCUCAAGAAGUUGCAAGGAGAAACGUUUCAGGUUACUGGAUAGGAGGCUUUGGGCUAGGAGAGAGUAUGGAGGAACGCCCUGCUCUUCUUAAUGCAGUAACUGAUAUCUUACCUCAGGAAAGACCCCGCCAAAUAUUUGGUCUUGGACUUCCAGAGGAGGUCUUACAAGGGGUGGCGGCGGGCAUUGAUCUGUUUGAAUCUUCGUAUAUUAACCAUCUUACAAUUGGAGGCUUUGCACUUACCUUCCCCCUCAAUGGGGAUGAGACACAUGCAUUUGAUUCUCAGCUGAGUGAUAUUGGUAGUGACGGUACAAAGAUAAAUCUACGUGCGACUGUUUACAGGAAGGACAAGUCACCUAUAAUCAAUGGCUGUAGCUGCUACACAUGUCAGAACUACACACGAGCAUACAUCAAUCAUCUGCUCAAUGUCCACGAAAUGUUGUCUCAGAUUCUACUAGAAAUCCACAACACCCACCAUUAUUUGGGUUUCUUUCAAUCAAUAAGGGAUGCGAUCAAGUGCGGUCAGUUCAACUCGUUUCAUCGGAGAUUCAUCGAGGGCAGACGUGAUCAUCUUACAUCUUCCGUCCCAUGCACUUAACUACUCAUCAGUUCUUCGCAACAGUUCGAUUUUGCACAAGCUCUCUUGCCAUUCCAGCAAAAAUUUCUCUUGUUAGAGCUAUCAUUACAAAGCCAGGUCAGUUGUGUGUUCUUUCUCGUCUCAAAUCCAGUGCUGAUAGAUGAUUUGUUAUGAUUUUCCAAGUCAGAAGUCAGUGACUGUUUCUUUUCCAGAGAACAUAUGAGGUGUGUGUGGGAUAUGUGAUAUAGAAGCUGCUAAUUAGGUGACC